GAUCUCUGCCUAUUUCCUACUGUGGCUAACAGGGUAGCCAUUUUGUAUCCAUUGGAAUACGGAGCGGCAGUUACAGAUAGCUAUUGCCUGUUGUCGUUGGUCGAGGCGAGGUCGUGUGUCCAGUACACGUUCGUACCUUCAACCAUCGUUCAUAAUGUUGAGCGUAGAGGAGGCUCUCAAGAUGGUCGAUGACCUCAUCGCGACCCUACCCCCUUUCGUACAAGGCCUGCUUGUAAAGGCUGAAACGGCCACCAAAGUACAAAAGAAUAAACUUGUUGCAGGUGUCCUGGCAGUUAUGGGACUUUACAUGAUCUUCGGAUACUUCGCGGCGUUCAUCUGCAACGUCGUUGGGUUCGUGCUGCCGGCCUAUUGGUCAAUGGCGGCCAUUGAAACGUCCGACAAAACGGAUGACACUAAAUGGCUUACCUAUUGGGUUGUUUUCGCCGCUUUCAGUGUUAUCGAUUUCUUUGCCGAUGGCAUUUUCACGUACUUUCCGUUCUACUGGCUCGUCAAGUUGAUUUUCCUUGCUUGGUGCUUCGCUCCAAUUUCAGAGAAUGGCUCGCACAAAAUCUACCACAGAGUACUAAGGCCAUAUUUCCUAAAGAAGCAAGCCACGAUUGAUAAAGCGCUGCAGAGAGCCUCUGAAGCAGUUGGUGCCAGUCUCAAAGCAGACUAAUUAUGUUGAUAGUGGUGACAACGAUCAGUUAUCAGCUAGCUACAUUCAUGACUUUGCAUCGCAUUGAACUGAUGCCACGUUUUAUGCUUAUUAUGAUAACGACCUUGGUGGUCCUCACGAUAGGAUACAUUGUUAAAAAGGAAACAGAUUAAUGACGGCAACGCAUCUGCUAAUAAGAGAUUUGUUAAUAGCAUAGUUCUACGCAUCGAUAUGGAGACUUCUUACACCAGAGAUUAAGAAAUCUUAAUUUUCCUUUAAUGACUAAUAUAAUAGGAUCGAACAGUGGGCCUGUAAUAUAUCUGGUGUGGGCGUCGGAGAAAAAAUUACGAUGGUAAUACUUCGUCAGCCACAGCGGCAAUGGGCUAAAUGCUGUUGUUGACUGUAUGGUCAUGAUGACGAUGAGUAGUACGAUUUUUUCAAUUAUAAUGGAUACAAGGUUUCAAAAAAUCCGAUAUAACAUUGUUCUCGAUUGGAAACAAAUAUAUGUAGCGCAACUGUUUAUCGCGAAGCCUUUAAAGUAAUUUCACAACAGGAAAACGGCCAAGUGUUUCCACUAAAAGUAUGGCGUUUCUA